GACAAAAACGUGUCUCCCUCAUUUUUUUUUCACAUUGACAUCUUAGUUAAACUCUCCACCUUCUCCUCUCAAUUCUCUAAGCAGAGGCCUUCUCAAUUCUCAAUUCUAUAAAAAAAAAAAAUACGUGAUAUCCAAAAAUCAGAGGUUUUCUCUUUAGCUUUAAAAUUUUGUCAAUCAAAAUCAAAGAUAUUCAAGAUGCAAGGUGUAGGAUCUAAAAGAGCUGGAUUGCCUAAUGGAAUAGGAGAGAAGUCAAGUAAUAAAAAAACAGACAAUAGAGUGACAAACAGUUCAAUUGUCUCCCAUAAUUCUGUCAGGAUCCCUUCAUUCUUAUAGUGGUUCACCUUAUGUGAAUAACUCUUCCUCACAUCAAUCAAAUCCUAGAGUCAAUCAAUCCCAAAAUUAUAACAUUGUUGUGCCUCCCAUAAUACCAUCACAACCCCUCUAUUCCCAUACUAGUCUACUUCAUGUAAAUGAAUCUCAACCAAAUCUUGGGAUCAACCAACCCCAUCCUGCUAUUAUUGAAUCUCUUCCUCAAUCUAAUCGGUCCCAACCUGCAAAUCAAGAUUCUGAACCAUUAAUGUCAUCACCGACCAACAGGACUCCAGCCACCUCACCUAAUAUAGUUGACAAUAUAGCCGAUGAUAAUCAAAUAUGGAUUGUACCUAAAGGGGAUGGAUAAUACCACUAACAUUUAAUAAUACAUAUAUUUUGGUGUACUAUUUAUAUAUGCAGAUGUACUAACGUUUAAUAAUACAUAUAUUUUGGUGUACUAUUUAUAUGUGCAGAUAUUCGAUAACUACUAUAUGUUAUGUAGGUUUGAUCCACACAAGGUAGUUAUUGAUGGUAUUUCUAAUUACAUUCGGAGUAAUUUUAAAUUGGCUAGACCUUUAUGGAAGAAGUUUCCAGAGUCUACCGAGAGAUGUUGUUUGAGGAAUUCAAGAAGAAAUUUAAGUGGCUUCCUCACUAUAAUGGUGCUAUAUGGUCUAAUUUUAAUAAAAGAGCAUCUUAAAAAAUGACCCAACUUUUCCAAGAUGUUAGAAAAAAAUUGCCUUUGAAACCACAUUGGAUGGGAGAUGCAGUAUUCAAUGAGAUAAAGGUGUAUUGGGAGUCUGAUGAGUUCAAAACAAAGUCUGAACGAAAUAAAGACAAUCGUGAUUCAAAUGCUGGUGCAUCACUUCAUACAGGUGGUUGUGUAUCUUAUCGAUUGAUUUAUAAGAGAAUGAAAGAAACUACUGGAAAAGAUCCUUCUGUUUCAGAAUUUUAUUUUCAAACUCAUCCCAAAAAAAGUGAUGAAAGUUGGGUAAAUAAGAAAGCUGAAGCUACUUAUAAUGAGUUUGAAAAAAAAAAACAAGAAAUAUUAGCUGCUCAAAGUGCAUCAGCUGUGGAUGGAGAAACAACUAGUAAGCCGACUCAGUUAAUUAAAAUGGAUAUCUGGGUGCAAUCUGUUGGUAGAAAGAAAAAAGGAAGAGUCAAAGGUCUUAGCUCCAUGGGUCAAAGUGUAAAGGCAACUAAUAGUUCAACAUCAACUUUGCCAAAAGAAAUUGAUGAGAUGAUCUCAAGUUGAUGCUUCAAAUUCUCAUUUGUAUGCUCAGUUGCAGAAUGAGCGAAAGAAAAAUAAGCGGAUGAGAAUGGAAUUACACUUGUUGAUGAAGCAUAUAUACAACAAAUCAUCUUCAAAUAUUGAAUGCCCAUCUCAAAAAGACUACCAAACUUAUGAGGAUGAAAGUGAUGAUGACUCUGACGACGUGAAUGGAAGUGAUAAUCCCGAUAACGUGAAUGAAAGUGAUUCUGACCCUGAUGGUUGGUAGUUUUAUUUAGGAUUCAAGUUUGAAAUAUUUUUUUUGGACCAUUUACGAAUCAUACAUUAUUGAUGUGGAUGUUUUGGAUUAUGUUUUUUGUUAGCUAUAAUGGUUUACAUUAAAGUUGUUUUGAA